UAAGUAUGAAUUUAGAUUUUAGAGUGUGAAACAACAAUCCAUGGGCUUCACCUUCACCGAGAAAAUAUAUGGAAGUGUUUGAAGAUAUCCGUUUGCAGAUACAGGUAGUAGAAAGAGAAGCAUGAGUUAUGAACAUGGCAGGUUGUUCCACUUUUGUGAGAUUGCCACAUAAUCCACCACACUUCAAUCUUUCACCCCCUCCAUUUCUCAACCCCGAUUUUAGCUUUCGUGGGUCCAACACCGUACAUAAUCACCGACCCAAUUGGCCCAAACCCUUGUCACUGCGCUCAAAAUCUGCGCUUGCUGGAACUUACCCUUUGGAAAUGCCAGAUUGGAACCGCACGGCCCUUCUCGUGAUCGACAUGCAGAAAGAUUUUAUAGAAGAUGGGGGUCCCAUGCUAGUAAAAGGAGGGAAAGAAAUUGUCCCAAAUGUGAUUAAGGCUGUGGAAGUUGCCAGGCAGCGUGGAAUUCUCGUAGUUUGGGUGGUACGGGAACAUGAUCCCUUGGGAAGAGAUGUUGAGCUCUUUCGCCGGCAUCUAUAUACAGAGGGGAAAGUUGGUCCAACAUCUGAAGGAAGUGAAGGUGCAGAACUAGUGGAUGGCUUGGUAAUUAAAGAAGGGGAUUAUAAACUUGUCAAGACCAGGUUUAGUGCAUUCUUCGCUACACACCUUCAUUCGGUCCUUCAAGGAGCAGGAAUUAAAAGUCUGGUUGUCACUGGUGUUCAAACCCCUAACUGUAUUAGGCAAACUGUCUAUGAUGCUGUAGCAUUGGACUAUCAACCUGUAACUGUUAUUGUUGAUGCUACCGCAGCUGCCACACCUGACAUUCACCUUGCCAAUUUGUCUGACAUGAAAAAUAUUGGAGUUGCAACCCCAACAUUACAAGAAUGGAGCGAACCCAAAGCUUGAAAUACAUGAACCAUGCUACUUUUUGCACAUUCCGGUGUUCAAUUCCAAGACUCAAAGGUGUUGAUGUCUUUCGCAGGUUAAACAGUAUAGUGAAGCGAACCUACGUAUACUACUGUACUACUUGGUUGCUGCACAACAUAAUAUAAUGAUUUGCAUGGCUGUUUGUGUACUUACUUCACUUGGUUGUGUUGUGUCCACUAUUAACAUAAUUUUUUGUCCAAUGUACACCAAAAUUGAAAAGUCCUGGUAGCUAAACUAAGCUCAAAUUUAUUCUUCAAAAUUAUGGUCAUCCAUGCAACACAUUCAGGUGAGUCA